CCUUUACAUUGCAUUUAUUUGAUUGUCCAGAAAAAAGAUUGGAUAAAUUUUGUGAAAAAUCUCAAAACAAGAAGACAGAAGUCACAUGCAGAGGGAGACAUCUAAAGAAGUAAUCACAUCUUACUUCCCACAUGGAUUCGUGAUAUGACAAAGCGUCUGUAUCUCUCCAAUUCUCUCAUAAACAAUCUCUCUCAUUUCUAUUUUUUAUUUUUAUUAUUCAUCAGAAAAAAAAGAAACUAUUUUCCUAAAAGAUAAUCUAUGACAAAGGCUUUUUAGUCUUUAAGAGUGAGGAACCAAAAAAAACUUCUUAUGUGGCUGUCUUUUUGUUGUGUUCUCUGAGCAAGAACCAGAGAAAAACAUUUUGCAGAGGUUCCUUUUUUCUUCGGCGUCUUAUAUAUUCUUCUUAUUUGGCUUGGCAGUUCCUUUUCUCUACCUUAGGUUUAUUGGAAAGGACUACACAGUGUCACCUACAGAGAGAAGAGUUCAAAUUUUCUCCCUUUUUUGGGUGGUUGUCAGCAGCAAGUUCAGGCGCCGGAGAUUCGCCGGAGCUUAGACUUCAGGUGGAUAUAUCCUAGAGUUCUUCACCAUUCAUGGCUGCCAAGCUUCUGCAUACGUUGGCAGAUGAGAACUCGGACCUCCAGAAGAAAAUUGGGUGUAUGAAUGGGAUUUUUCAAAUCUUUGAUCGUCACCAUGUUCUCACGAGCCGGCCUAAAAGUCUUACUUUAGGUAAUUUACAUGUCAAUAGUAUCAACUUUGAAAGAGACUCUGCUGAUGCAAUUGAUCACCAACGAUCAGCAUUUCAGUUUCGAGACUCAGACAUUAUAAGCGGAUAUGGGUCGAGCGAGAAACUGACAAGGGUAUCAACUGAAGCGUCAAAGGUAUCUUUAUCAUCGUCGUGUUCAUCAUCUUCCCCGUUAUCUUCUGAGGUAAUCAAAGAAGUUCAGCCUGAAAUUUAUGCGGAUAACCGAGUCAUUUUUCCAGAAUCUCCUGCAAGUGAUCCAGCAAUGAGCCAAGGAAGUGGUACACACAUGGGACUUGACCUUAGAGAUGUUGUUAGAGAUUCUAUGUAUAGAGAAGUUAGAGGGUUCUCUGAAGUAUGUAGACACAACAAAAGAGAGGAUUCUCCAAGACCCUAUGGUUUGAAGCAAUCCACGCCUGUCGAUUUCAAUGAAUCCUGCAGAGCUCUAGCCAAACUUAGAAAAACAUCUCAUCAUUACUACAAUGAGGUAGACAUGAAAGACACAUCCCGUUACUAUGUUGAUUCUCGCGGAAAGUUGAAGUCCGGGAAGAAGCUGAAGGAGUUGCCUAAGCUUUCAUUGGACAGUAGAGACCACGUUGAUCUCACAUCAGGUAAUAAGCUUUCUGAAAGUUUAAGUAGAAGCUCUAGCAUGAACAAAGUUUCUGGUAGCCCGAAACGGCCUCCUAGUGUUGUUGCAAAGCUAAUGGGCUUGGAAACAUUACCGGGGUCUCCUUUGGGCAGAGACAAAAUAAAGAUGUUAGAUGGUAACAGUGAUCUGUUCUCAAGAUCAUUGCGGGAAAAUAGCCUGAACCGUUCUCUCCGGUUUUCUCCUAGCUCACCAAGAAGCUUAGGGAAGGACCCUGCUUCUUCUUCUUCUCCAAGAUGGAGAAACUCUGAGUUUGUUAUGAAACCCUUAUCAAAUUUGAGAUUUCCCUUUGAACCAGCUCCAUGGAAGCAAACUGAUAGAAACCGGGUUUUGCAAAAGCAAGCCUGCAGGUCUGUGAAAUCUCUGUCACAGUCAAUGGAGGGAAGACUGAAAGAUCUCGAGGUUAAACAUUCGGGAAAAGAUCUCAGAGCUCUUAAAGAGAUAUUAGAGGCAAUGCAAUCAAAAGGCCUCUUUGAUAUUCGAAAGCAACCACAAUGCAUAAACUUGGAAGCUCAAAGAGAUUAUGAAAUGGCAGAUUCUGCAACUUCUAAUCAUGAUUCAGGAGACCUGCAAAAUCCGGUGAUUCCAUCCAAAAUGAGAGGCCCGAUUGUGAUUAUGACACCUGCCAGACUUGUUGAAAAAUCUGGUAUUCCUUCAUCAUCUCUGAUUCCCAUUCACAGUCUUUCAGGUCUUAAUAAGACCUGCAGAGAAGAAGCCGUAAACGCUAGAAAAAUUUCAACAAGUAGAAAGGCAGAAAAAGAUCGUAGUCCUAGAAACCAAAGAGCUGAAUCAUGUAUCAAUUCAGUAGAGAAGAAAUCUAGCAGCAGAAACGUGAGGUCUUCUCAGGUUUCCAGAGAAAGUACUUCAAAGAAUUCAGGAUCUGCAAGUCCAAAACUGCAGCAGAUGAAGCAUGAGCAUGACAAGCGUUCUCGGCCACCAACCUCUCCAUCUGAUUCAAGCAGAUCAAGAAAACAAAUAAGCCGACAACCCGUGGAAUCUACUACUUCUCCUGGUGGUAGGCGUAGCAGACCCAGGGAUCAGAGGAGCUUGCAGCAAAAUGAUGACCAAGUUAGUCAAAUGAGCAAUAGAUCUAGGACUGAACCAGAAGCCACCGGGAGUAACAUAAAUGGUGGCAAGACUGUAAAAGAGGCAGCCAAAGCUGUAGUCUCAAACUUAGUACAUAAUAAGUCCAGUCCUUCUUUUAGUGAAGAUGGAUCAUCAGAACAUACAAGUCCAGUUUCUGUUCUCAAUGCAGCAAUCUACAUAGAGAUCGAACCAUCUCCUGUGAAAAUCCAAACUUGUGAAGGCAGAGUUAAUGGCCGUAUUGACUCAGGUGUUGAACAUUGCGAGGAGGAUCAGUGGAAUCCAGCUUAUAGCUUCUCAAAGAUAACAACCAGCUUUUCGCCAGAGAUGAACCGAAAGAAGCUUCAGAAUGUUGAGCAUUUGGUUCAAAAGCUAAGAAGACUAAACUCUAGCCAUGACGAAACCAGCCAAGAUUACAUUGCAUCUCUAUGCGAAAACAAUGAUCCUAACACAGAUCACAGAUACAUUUCCGAGAUUCUUUUAGCCUCAGGUCUUCUCCUUAGAGACCUCGGCUCAGGAUUAACAACUUUUCAACUUCACCCUUCAGGCCACCCAAUCAAUCCAGAGCUGUUCCUUGUUCUUGAGCAAACAAAAGGAUGCAGCAGCAACAACAAUGAGAAGUUAAACCGCAAACUUGUGUUUGAUGCUGUUAAUGAAAUGCUUGUGAAGAAGCUAGCUUAUAUUGAGAGCACUGCAGAUCCAUGGAUGAAGCAAGCUAAAGCGAGGAAGAGGGUCUUAAGUGCGCAAGAUCUCUUGAAAGAGCUAUGUUCAGAGAUAGAGACAAUACAAAAGCAAGCCAAGAAGAGAUCAGAAAACUUCUUGUUAUUGGAGGAAGAAGAAGAAGAUUUCUUGAAAUGUAUUUUGGAUGAAGAUAUGGCAAUCCGGUCUGAGAAAUGGACAGACUUUGAUGAUGCAAUCCCGGGUUUAGUGCUCGACUUGGAGAGGCUUCUCUUCAAAGAUCUGGUGAGUGAGAUCGUGCACGGUGAGAUUGGUCGGCUGCAAGCAAACUCAAGAAGACAGAAAACUUUUUUCGCUGAUGAGUAGAUAUUGAUUCAUAAGCUCCUUCUUUUGAAACUGUAUUCUAAAGCCGUGUAUAUAUAAUAGUACAAGACACGUACACGUCAAUAGUUAUGUAAACAUUCUCUAUGAUAAUCACUUUUUCUUUCUGCUCUU